AUGGCCGUGCUGCACCUGCACCUGUACCUGAGCGCCCUGGGCUGCUGGGUGACACAUCUCUCCAGCUCCUUCCCGCUGCCCAACGCCACCGCGCUGCUGUCCCCACCCGGGGGCACGGCCGCGGGGCUGCUGUGGGGCGCGGGGGUGCCGCGCAGCCGUCGGAGGCGGCACCUGUCUCCCCACGACAUGAGCGCGAUUUUGGAUUACCACAACCAGGUGCGGGCUCAGGUGUCCCCCCCCGCUGCCAACAUGGAGUACAUGGUGUGGGAUGAGCGGCUGGCCAGGGCAGCAGAGGCGUGGGCUGCGCGUUGCCUGUGGGACCACGGGCCCCCUGAGCUGAUGAAAUAUGUGGGGCAGAACCUCUCCAUCCAGUCGGGCAGGUACCGCUCGGUCACGGACAUGGUGAAAUCCUGGCACCAGGAGAAGCAGCACUACUCCUUCCCCCACCCCCGGGAGUGCAGCCCCCGCUGCCCCAACAAGUGCAGCGGCUCUGUCUGCAGCCACUACACGCAGAUGGUGUGGGCAGCCUCCAGCCGCCUGGGCUGUGCCCUGGGCUCCUGUGCCAACGUGCAGGUGUGGGGCAGCACGUGGCGACACGCCAUCCUCCUCGUCUGCAACUACGCCAUCAAGGGCAACUGGCUGGGAGAAGCACCGUACAAGGUGGGGCGGCCGUGCUCAGCCUGCCCCCCCACCUACGGCGGGGGCUGCUCCAACAACAUGUGCUUCUCCGGAGUCAAAUCCAACCAAGUCAGCUGGUUCUAG